AUGGUAAGUAAACGAAAAAUUGAAAACGCAGUUAAGACAGCCACUGCUGGUGAACUAAGAGCAGAUAACUGGCAGUACCAUCUAGAUGUUUGUGAUUUAGUAAGGGAUGAUCCAGAGGAACUAGGGAAGUAUGCUAUGGAGGCGAUCGAAGAGCGGUUGAAGCAAAAUGAUGCAAAUGUUAUUCUUCGAACUUUGUCACUUAUAACAUGUUUAGCAGGGAAUUGUGGGUCUAGAUUACAACAGGCUAUUGCAUCGAAGCAUUUUACCGGAAUACUCUAUAAUUUAACUCAAAGUAAGUAUAUUCACAUGACAGUAAAACAAGAGCUUAUUAAAGUUGUAGAGCAACUCACAGACUCAUUUAAACAUGAUCCCUCGUUGAAAGCUAUGGCGGACCUAAACUCAACGAUUUCUAGGAAGUUUCCCUAUUUAAUGAAUGACCCAUCUGUGCCACAGAAGAAAGAUAUGGAUAGGUAUUCUAAGGCAGCAGAAGAGGAAGAGCUCGAGAGGGCUUUAAAACAAUCUCUACUAGAGUACGAACAACAACAAGAAUUACAGCGUUCUCGAACAGAAAACGUGGCUCAUUCCCAAAUUGAGGACAGUUCUGGAUCACCCCUACAUCUGCAACAAGCCCACCAACCUAACCAGGUCCGGAAGGUAAGAGCGGUAUAUGAUUUAAAGGCUAGCGAACCUGAAGAACUAUCAUUUGUCAAAGGGGACAUCAUAACAGUAAUUGAACAGGUAUAUAGAGAUUGGUGGAGGGGCAGCUUACGGGGAAAGGUAGGUAUUUUUCCAUUAAAUUAUGUGACGCCAAUCUCAGCACCUUCUUCGGAAGAACUAGCAACUGAGGCAAUAGAAGAGCAGGCAGUUUUGAGGCAAAAGCCUAAGGUUGAUAAAUUGCUGCAGUCUUUAAAACAUUCGCAUGAUACAGACAUAACUCAGAACCAAGAAGUAAAUGAGCUUUAUUCUGAGGUUACUCCAUUAAGACCUAAAAUUACAAAAAUGUUAGGUAAAUACGCGCAGAAAAAGGAUGAUUUAAUAUCAUUGAGGGAGGUCUUAGCAAAUGCAGAAUCUACUUACAACCGCAUGUUGGAUGAAGCGGCGAAUGGGUUUGCAAAUACGGUUCCACCAAAAAUUAACCAAAAGCAACAAUAUUACGACAGAAUGGAACAUCUCUCCUUAAGUGAAGACAAAUCAUAUGCACAACAACAACAUUCAUUGCAAAAUAUGGCAUAUUCUUCCAUCAAUUAUUUUCCCAGUCGACCUAAGGUAAAUAAUCCUCAGCAGCCAGGUCCUCAAUGUUCGGACUCGUCGACGCAGAACCGCCCACCUUUUCCUACACCCGAUGGAUAUCCAAAUCAAUAUCAAUAUGAUCCUGAAAAGAACUAA